AUGAGAGUUUUUUUAACCGGAGCAACUGGGUCAAUUGGAAGUUCAGUUCUUGAAAGUUUACUUUCUCAUGGCCAUGACGUCACUUGCACUGUAAGAAACGAAGAAAAGGGGCAAGUAAUAGCAAGUAAAGGCGAUAGAGCACAUUAUAUUAUAUUUGAUAUUAAUGGUAAUACUGCUCAUCAACUCGCCGAACUUGCAGUAGGCUAUGAUGCAAUUAUUGACUGUAUUCAGCAACCGUUCACGAAAGAGGGCGCUAUAGCAGAAGACAUUACCGUUGACGCUUUGAUACAAGCAGCUAAAAAGACAUCAGAAACUAAGCCUGUCACCUUUGUAUACACUGCAGGAAUUGGAGUUAUAGGAAAUACAACGAGUGUCAUAAAUGAAGACCAUGAUGAUACUUCCAAUAGUUGGGAAUUUUCAAAGCCAAGAAUCUUAAGAGAAAAAAAAGUUAUUAAUGCGAGCACGGAAAAUCUUCAUGGUGUUUCCCUUAGAGUAAGCUGGGUUUAUGGGAAAAGCUCUGUAGACCACUGGAUUCGAGCUUGUAAAUCCCAAAAUAAGAUUGUUGUUGCUAGUCAAAAAUAA